GGGACCCUGAGACCCAUCCCAUCGGGGGUGUGGGGCGGCCCGUGGGCCCAGAGGAGCCAUGGAUCAUGGUUAUCUGUGGCCCCAUCUUUGCACUGCCGGGAGCAGUGCGGGAGCAGGCCCUGGCCCUCGCGAUCCGCCACCCGAACUUCGACCGCAAGCACUUCUGCUCCGGCAUCGUCAGCGCCCACUUUUGCUCGGAGACCAUGGACAACCUGCUGCUGUCGCAGUCCGUCUCGGACCUGGCGCACGGCGCCUGCCGGCGCGCGGAGGGGAAGGAGGGCGACAAGACGCGCUACUGCGACAAGUUCCAGUUCAUGCUGCUCCACGCCGUGAUGUCGCAGGAGCUGGACACCAUGAGGACGUGCUACAUGAUGGAGGUGGAGGACUGGCAGGCCAACAUCACCUCGAGGGAGCCGACAGCCGCCGGAGCUGGCCCGCUGCAGGCCGAAGGCCGCCAAAACGCUUCCUUUGCGAACCUGACCGCGAACUCCAGCGCCUGCCACAAUGCCACGCUCGCCUGCGGCGGUGCGGCCGCCAACGCGUCCACCGCGGGCGGGCCGAUCAUCGUGCGGCCCCAGCCGCAGGGCAGCAACCGGAGCGGGCCCGCGGUGCCCACGCCCGCCCGCGCGCCGCAGCUCCCCGCGGCCCAGGGCCCCAUCAUCACCGCUCCGGUCCCGGCCACGGUCGUGUCCAGCCUGGCCGCGGCGUCGAAGAAGGCCGGGGCGCCCGCCGAGGCAGCAGACAGGCUGCUCGUGGAGCCCGCGCCCGCCGCGCAGCCCGCGGCCCCGGCCGCCGCGCAGGCCGUGGCGCCGGCGGCCGCGCAGAGCGAGCAGGAGGCCGCGUCCGACCCCUACUCCAAGUCGGUGCUGGUGGUUCCCUUCGACCGCCUGCCGGAGCUCGCCGCGGCAUUCGCGGCGAAGAGCUCGGAGGGGUCCGCGGCAGCGGCCGCCGACAUGCGGUCCGCUCUGGGCCACGCGCACGCCAGCGUGACCGAGGUGAGGUCCGCACUGCGCAGCCCGCACAGGCAGGCCGCGAGCCCCACGGCGGCCGCCGCGGCGGCGCCUGCUGCGCAGGAGGUGGCCCGUGCCGCCAAGCCGUUGGCGGCCGAGCAGCCCGCCCCGGGCAGCCUCAGGUCGAAGGCGAAGCGUGAGCUGGCGCGGAGCGAUGCCGCCUCCGCCGCGGUGCAGCAGCGGACGGCGAGGAACUCCAGCGCGACGGCCCAGGCGGUGGCCAAGCCCACGGCCCCGACGGGCGCGGCCCCCGAGCCAGCGCCGGCAGGCGCCACGGCCGGCAGCGCGCCACCUGGCGCGAAGCAUGCGACCGCCAGGGCGGCCGCGACGG